CCGCUUUUUGCCCUUUUUUUUAAUUUUUUUUAUUAUGUAUUCUUUUUUCUUUUUUUGAAUUGCGUUUAUUUUUUCUUUUUUUCUUUUAUAUCUAUGUGAAAACUAUGGAUACAAGUAACCUCAAUUCUCUUCAGUUUGAAACAACUAUUACAACCCCAGAGUCUCAUACCACUACUAAACGAGUUAAACGUACAAGAGUAUCUCGAGCUUGUGACUUUUGUAGACGAAAAAAGAUAAAGUGUGAUAUUGAUCAACGAAUACCAUGUUCUUCUUGUGAUCAAUACCAUUGGGAAUGUACUUCUAUUGAUGCCCCAACAAAGAAGCGUGAACCACCAAAAGGAUAUAUCGAAAGUCUUGAAAUGCGAUUACGUAAAAUGGAACGGUUAUUGAAAGAUCAACAAUCAUCAAUUAACAACAAUAAGGAACAAGAUACUAACAACAUGGAUUCUAUAAAUUUAUUUUCUCAACCUUCAACAUCUUCACAAGAAUCCAAGAAAAGUAUAAGAAUAAUGAGACAUAUUGGAAGUUCAUCAGCUUAUUAUCUUAUGGGAAAAGAACAUCAAGAAAUUCAACAAUUACGACAUCAACAAGGAAAUUCUACUUUAUCAUCUUCUUUUGGUCAUGAUACAGAAAAUCCUUUGAUAGUUUCUACUCCGCAAGGGGAAAAAUUACAUUUGGUAUAUGAUGAAGACAAUAAUGAUCUUAUGGUGAUGUACGAUCUUCCAACAUCUCAAUCACAAAUCGAUGGUAUUGAUGGGAUUCUUUCUGGAUUUUUGGUUCAAAAACUUCUUCGACGAUUCAUGGAUUUACGACCUAGUAUGCAACCUAUCGUUAGGGAACCAACUAUAUUACGAUUAAUACAAAAUCAUACAGAUGAUUUACUCUUGACCUGUUCUAUUUGUUCUUACGUCUGUAUGGUAUCACCAAAGGAUGAUCCAAUAUUCAACUCUCAAGAUAUCAACAGAGAAAAAAUCAUUCAAAAGUUAGCAGCAAAGGAAAAUGAAUUAUUACGCACAGCAUUUCUGACACCAACCAUUAGUAAUAUCCAAGCCAUUAUUAUACUUUGUUGUCUUCCUACACAUGUUUCCUCUUUUACUGCUAUCUGGCUUCGAACGGGAAUUGCUAUUCGUAUGAGUCAAGAUCUUGGACUUUAUAGAUCAUUGACAAACACAUCCUAUUCAAAAAAGACAUGUGAUUUAAGUCAACGACUUUGGUACAGUGUUUAUAUUAUGGAUCGAUGGUCAUGCGCAGUUUUAGGCCGGCCUUUAGCCAUUGUAGAUGCUGAUUGCAAUGUGGAAUUACCUGAAUAUCAACCAGCAAUAUGUGGGGAUUCAACAAAGGCAAUAGCAAAAUCAUCAACAGAUAAUGUGGAAAGAGAACUGGAACAUACUUAUUUUAUUCAAUUUGUCAAAUUAUCUGGUAUUCUUGGUGAAAUUCAACGACGAAUCUAUUCUCCAAAAGCUAAAGCCAACCUCGGUACUGAUCAACCCAGAACACGUCUGAUGGUGAAUUCUUUGCAAAGGUUUUUACUGGAAUGGUAUUCCCAAUUGCCUCUUCAUUGUCGUGUAACUGAAGAUGAUAUUUCUCUGGUGGAAUCUAUGGAUCCGAAGGAAAAGCAAAUCUUACUAGAAAGCAUGAAAUGGCAACUCGGUGCUCCCCUGGCAAUAUGCUACUAUGCUGUCACCAUUCUGUUGCAUCGACCUUUUAUCAUUCCCGACAACGAAGUCUUAUUCAGUCCAGAAAGUGCCAAAUGGUGUACAGAAUCUGCUAUCAUUGCUCACAAGAUUGCCCAAUUUUUGGAUAUGUCAAGUCUUGCUCACUUUAGUUGGAACAUCUUAGUCUAUGCUUUGUCAGUAGUUGUGUCUAUCUUUAUGUAUAAUUGUACAAGCGACCAACAAGAGGUUUCGGAUUAUGCUUACAAAUGUAUGAAUACAACAAUCAAGAGUAUGUGGAAUCGCCUGGAAACCCGAUACCCCUAUGCACCUAAAUUGGUUUCUUUCUCACCUCUUCAUUAUGCGACAACGAUAUUAAAACUUAAAGGAUUACAAGAAUCAUCAUCAUCAUCACCAUCAACACCAACGACAAGAACACCUUCAUCCAGUAAUGACAAAUGCUGUAAAGAUGAUAACAAUGGAAAAUCACAAGACACAAUGCAACAAGAACAGACUAUACCCCUUUUGGAUCCUACUAUCAAUAUUUUGGAUAAUAACGCUACAAUGACUAAUAUGGAUGAAUUUCAAAGUAUUGUAAGUCAAGAUAUUUGGCAACAAUUAUUUCUCAAAAAUACGGAUUUUUCAUUUUUGCAAGACAUGGAUACACAAAAUGGACAAGGAUCAUUUUCUUAUUAUUGAUGGUUGUUUUGACUUAUGUGGUGGCGGGCCCUCGCUUAAAUGGAAAUGUGUAACCUCACCUGUGUUUAUAUUAUAAUUAUUUCUCAAUAAAGACAGCCCUUCUUUUUUUUUCCUGGGUUUUUUUAUUUCUCUC